AAAUCAGGAUUUUGUCCAGACUUUGGACCUGUGGACUGAAAGGAACAGAGAGUGACAGUGUGCUUAGAUAUUCUGAGGGCAGUCAUCAUGUGGCUUCAUGUUCUCUGUCUUACAUUAAGUAUCCGCUGCUGUCAUCCCGCCUCAGUUUGUGCAUGUGUGUGUGUGUUUGUGUGUGUUUUUAUGUGUGUGUCUGUGUGUGUUUGUGCAUAUGUGUCUGUGUGUACAACUCCCCUCUCCUCCGGUCUUGCAGUGUUCUUGGCGCGGGACCAGGCCCAUGGCCUCCUCAUCCGGCCUAAGCGUGCCAACAGCGGCUGGUUCGAGGAGCUCAAAAGGGGGGACCUGGAGCGAGAAUGCCUUGAGGAGAAGUGUUCCAAAGAGGAGGCGCGGGAAGUGUUUGAGCACGAACAGGCUACGGAGGAGUUCUGGAGAAACUACAAUGUUCAAGACAGCUGCCAAUCUGACCCCUGCCAGAACAAAGGAAGCUGCUCUAGCAUAUCAGGAUCGUCUUACACCUGCCUGUGCCUGCCAGGCUUCAGUGGACGGAACUGCGAGCUCGCAUUCAAGGCCAUUCCUGACUCCUGCUUGCAUGAGAACGGGGGCUGUGAGCACUUCUGCGAGGAGGAGGGGGGCCGACGCAACUGUUCAUGUGCAGACGGCUAUUUCCUGGGGACUGAUGGACAGCGUUGCCUGACACAAGAAACAAUGGCCUGUGGGAAGGUUCCUGUCCUGCACGGCAGCGCCUCCGAGAAGGGAGACGUACCGUUGGACCCCCGUUCACGCAUCGUGGGGGGAACAGAGUGCCCUAAGGGUCACUGCCCCUGGCAGGUGUUGUUAGUGAGAAAUGAGAAGGGCUUUUGUGGAGGAGUCAUCUACAAACCCACCUGGAUCCUCACUGCCUCUCACUGCUUGGAGAAUAUCAAGGCCCAGCACCUGAAGGUGGUGGCAGGUGAACAUGACACAGAGAAAAACGAGGGUACGGAACAGACCAUAGAUGUGGCAGAGAUCAUCAUGCACAACAGCUACGUGUCAGACACGGCGGACAGCGACAUCGCCCUGCUACGUCUGAAGACUGCCAUUACUAUGACGCCUUUCGCCGUGCCCGUCUGCCUGCCCACCCGCUCGAUGGCGGAGCGUGAGCUCUGGGCCAUCAACCUCCACACGGUAAGUGGCUGGGGCCGGCGCAGCGAGAACGGUCCUACGUCACGUGUCCUCCGGCGGCUGGAGGUGCCACGUAUACGUACCCAGGACUGCGUUGAGAUGAGCGGUGUCACGCUAACGGCUAACAUGUUCUGCGCCGGCUACAUCGAGGGCAAGCAGGACUCCUGUAAGGGGGACAGCGGCGGACCACUGGUCACCCGCUACAGAGACACCACGUUCCUUUUGGGUAUCGUCAGCUGGGGAAAGGGGUGCGCCCGGCCGGGGAACUACGGGAUUUACACCCGCGUGUCCAACUACCUGGACUGGAUCCACAACUACACGGCAGAGCAGCCGACAGCGCAGCCGCAGAACACCACGACCACACUGCAAAACACCACGGCCAAUCCAAAUGCAGUCUUAUAAGUGUCACAGAACAGGAGCAGUGCUGAGCCCAGUACCUUAUUGGGUUCAACUUGUAGUACAUCUCUGAAACCAUAUUUGUCUUUCAGAUUAUAGUAUUUAUAUUUAUCAUGUUUUGUUUCUCGUGCUUCAACUACACUUUCUAAAGUUUUUCUGUAUGUUUGUUGAUUUUAUGGUUUGAUUUAACUCUGAAUUUUUUUUAUUUUUAUAAACGUUUGAUUGAUGCCAAAGUAAACUGACCCUUCUGCUGUGACAUGAUAACCAUUAAGGCAAACUGACUCUUACAUAAAUUGGUGUUCAAUUACAAUGCAUUUGCCAUCUUAAAACAAAGCUGCUUGCAUUCUGCUCAGACCCCGCAGGCUCUUUGUGUAUGUUAUAAGAAAGAGGACAGUCACUGCAUUAUAUGUUAUGACCCCUGUGCAGUUAGUUGGGCCAAUGGGAUUGAGGGUAUAAAAUGUAAUUUUGUAUUAUCAGGGAACAAUCUUCUCAAACUAAGGCAAUUUUAUAUGUAUUUAGCAAAAUACGACCAGAAUAGUGGUAAACAUAUGAACACAAAGGCUGUCAGAAUUGCUGAGUGUUGGAGCCGUUUCAAAUAUAUUCCAAUAAAACACUGUUCUAGAAGCA